GGGAUGGGAAGGAAGAGCGACCAGACCAGCGACGUCGACGUCAAAACAAAACAAGAUGGCAGCUAUGACGUCGGCCCAACAGAAGCAGUUGCCCAAAGAUGCUCAAGUGAUCACUUCAAUUUUAAAAGAAGCCGGAAUUACUGAGUACGAGCCACGUGUUAUUAACCAGCUUUUGGAAUUCACAUAUCGAUAUGUUGCUGGUGUGUUGGAAGAUGCUAAAGUUUACGCAAACCAUGCCAAAAAGAAGAUGCUAGACUUGGAUGAUGUCCGGUUGGCUGUACAUUUGCAGUUGGACAGAAGUUUCACCACACCUCCUCCUCGGGAUAUUCUGUUGGAGAUUGCCAGAAUGAAAAAUAACAGUCCACUGCCAUUGGUGAAGCCUCAUUGUGGGAUACGGCUACCACCCGACCGCUACUGUCUCAACUCAUGCAACUACAGGCUGAAGAGCACCAUCCCCAAGAAGUUCAACCAUUCAGCUGUUUCAUCUGGCAGUUACUCUAUGCAGCAGCAAGGUGGAGUCAAGAUGGGAGUGAAAGCCCCUCAGAUUCAUGUGGUCAAACGACCCAGCAACGCAAGUCUGACAACCGUCCCUCGUACUCAGUCUAUCUCUACACCCAAGCCUGUCAUCAGGUUCUCUCCUGCAGGUAUGCAUCAAACACAAACGAUGAUGACGCCUAAGCCAAAGAUACAGAUAGCAACUGCAGGGAGUCAACAAAUUGAAAUGGCCGUUAAAUUUGAAACUGACGAAGACAACAGUCUAAAACGAAAGCGAGAGCCAGAUGAUUAUGACUCUUUAGAUCACUAGUGGUAUUUAAAACAUAACAUAUAUUAGUAAUAGAAGUUCUUUGAAUGAUGGUUCUUAUUCCUCUUUUGUACAUUUUCGCAGUAUUUAAAUGUAAAUAAACUGUACCUGUAUUUUAUAAC